UCGAUUCGAUUGAUUCCCUUGUACAUUGCAUUGCACAUUACUGUCUUGAGACCACAUAGGAGGAUCAUAAAUACAACACCGGAGGGGAUGGGUCAUCUCUCGUCCUUGGCUCUCUUUCUUCCCUUUCAUAUUUCCUUUUCCCGUUAUUCAUAUACCCUCGAUAAUAAUCUCAUCCUUUUGGUCAAAUAUACCACUCUCCCACUCUCUUGGCCCUGUCCAAUAACUAAACAAUCAGGGCCAGGCCGUUUCCAUUCUUAUUACUUAUGUCUACACCUAUUAAACAAACAAACACAUACGCUUUCCUUCCACUGACUCCUCUUUUUGGCUCUUCUUGCUCAUAUUCUACCACACCAUACCACCCGAACCCCUGUCUAAUGUUACCUCUAACGGUAACUGUUUCUCUUUUC